AUGAAAUUUUUUCUCGUUCUGACAGCUUUUCUACUAAUUUCAUCAAUUUCGGCUGACUCUUGCGAAAAUUGUCUUGCAUCAGGUAAACAUUAUUGUGCAGAUGUGAAACUUUGUGCAUUUUCACCGUGUUUGAAUACGAUUACGGUAUGUUUCUUGAGUACUGAAAAUUCUAAAUUGUUUUAUUCAAGUUUUUUUAGCACGCAUUGAAUUGUCCAAGUUUGCCCAACUCAACUUUUGCUUAUGAUGAUAAUGUGGCAAGAACUCAAUGGUUGCCGUUGUUUGGAGCUGGAGCAACUAAUGGACCAAAUGCACAGAAAUGUUUCGAGUGAGGAAUUUUUUUUUAAAAUCCACCUUCAUCCUAACUUUUUUUAGCAACAAUUGGCCAACAAUGAAACUCUCAAAACGAAUUCUGGUAAAUUGUUCUGACCCAAGUCUUGUUUUACCUGAAACUCAAUGUUCAAUGAUCACGGCAGUAGAUCAAACAAAACAAAUUCUUGUAAUGUCAUUCCGUGGAACCGUUGGCGGUAUUCAAUUAGGUGAAGAGUUCCUCAAUUAUUUCCAAGCCAAGAAAAAGUUCUUCGAUUCUGGUGAAAUUUUCGAAUUUUUCUAUGACGCAUAUUUGGCACUUUGGCAAGGUGGACUUGAACAAGAAAUGCGCAAUUUGAAAUACAAAUAUCCAAAUUAUGAGGUUUGGGUGACUGGACAUUCUUUGGGUGGUGCUUUGGCUUCAAUUGGUGCAAGUUGGAUUGUGAAAGCGGGAUUAUUCCAAUCAUCAAAAAUUAAGUUAUUAACUGUUGGACAACCAAGAACUGGAGAUUAUGAUUAUUCAAUGUGGCAUCAAAAUACAUUUGCUUAUAGUUAUCGAGUUGUUCAUCAUAGAGAUUUGGUGCCACAUGUUCCAUUCCAAUAUGAAAUCUCGGAUAAAGAUAAAAUGUAUCAUCAUAGAACUGAAAUUUGGUGAGUUUGAAAAUAGAAAUUUUUCCUUGAAAAUUACUAAUUCCAUGUAGAUUACACUUGGAAAAUAUACGUUUCAAAAAAUGAUCAAAACAAAAAAUGUUUUCGAAAUUCGCUACAUCAAACUCGCUUAAUAACGCCAUUAAAAAAAACAAAAAAUAUAUUUCGCCAGGUACAACAACAAUAUGACAAUCGGUUCAACAUAUCAUGUUUGUGCUGAAGCUGAUGGUUUUUAUUGUAGUAAUCAACAACCAGAUUAUAGUUGGAAUGAUCAUAUGCAUUAUUACAAUACUGAUUUGGGUUAUUAUGGUGGUUUGGGAUGUCCGAAAAAUUAG